AUGACUCUCUUCCACCCGGUCGAGUUGCUCCUGCAGUGGAUCUACCGCUUCGAUGAACGGAAUACCGCGCGGGACAGCCCGAUGCAAGUCCUAGCCCUGGGCCUUUCUCGCUGCGGUACCGAGUCGCUGAAAUUUGCGCUUGAGAAUCUGGGAUACCAGGGCGUCUAUCAUGGCUUCGAGGUCACGGGAAACCAAAGCAUGGUUUGGACUCGGCUGUGGGACGCCAGGGUCGCCGGUUCUGGGCGGAAGGUUGUUGUGGAGGACUUUGACAAGUUGAUUGGGAAUUACGGGGCUCUCACCGAUGCGCCGUGUAAUAUCUUUGGUAAGGAACUGAUCAAGACGUAUCCGAACGCUAAGUUGGUCCCUCAAGGCGUUAGCUAUCUUCACCCAGACUACUUCUGGCUACGUCAGAUCACGCUGCGGUUCGUGAUCGACUUCUUCAAUGGUAGCUUUGAGAAGCAUGGCUUGGAAGUCUACCGGGCGCAUUAUCGCCAGCUUGAGGACGUACUGGGAGAGAGGCAGUACCUGGAGUGGACGGUGGAAGAUGGCUGGGAACCCUUGUGCGCUUUCCUCGAUAAACCGGUGCCGGAAAAGGCUUUCCCGAGCGGUAAUGCGCCCCCCUCGUUUGCGAAGCGCAUCGCGGAGAGGAGAAAGCCGCAGUACAGACACGCGGCCGUCAACCUGGCCAAGACUCUCGGAGUGAUGGUGGCAGUCAUUAUUGCGGUGUGUUAG